AUGACAUUGAAACUCACUUUAUUUCAAGUGCCUCAAUAUGAGCAUUUACAAAUACUUAUUUGUAAUAGUAAUUCAUUGACAACAUUAGCCGGCGUUGAACAUAUAAAACAUUUGUGGAAACUUGACGUCGGAAAUAAUCAAAUUCGUAGUCUUCAACAUUUAUCACGUUUUAUAGCACUUGGUUCACUUAUUCUUUCAAAUAAUAAUUUAACAUGGAUCGAAUUACAACAUAUUCGUCAUAUGUUUAUUCUUGAUUUAAGACUUGAUGGAAAUACUACUCUUGAUGCUGAUCCAAAUUAUCGUCAACAUGUACUAGAUUGUUUACCACGAAUUUGGAUGUGUGAUGGAGUUUUUGUAUCAACUGCUGAACGAAAUCAAGUAGAUGAGUUUUUUACACAAUCAUCAUUAACACAAAAACCUGUUCGACGAAAAUUAGCACGUGAUAUAUUUAUGCCAACAAAUUUAAAAGAUCGUCCAGUUAAUGGACUUUUUGGAGUGAAAGCAACUGAAUUAUUUGCUAGAUUUCCAAUGAAUUGUUUUGUUAAUUCAGAUCUUGAUAGAAAACGAAUAAAACAUUUAGCUUAUACUAUUCAAGAUUUAUUACUUACAGAAAUGAAAUAUGAUGAUGAAAAAAAACAUGAUGAAUUUCUCACAGAAAAUCGUCAUAUGCUUUCGCAAAUGAUCGAUCUUCGACAAACACAUAUCGAACAAUUUAAUAUGCUUCUUAUUUUACUUAUAGUAAAUUUUUUUUGUUAUUUUCAACAGACUGAUAUUCUUUUUCAACUUCCUGGUGAAUUAUUGCAUAAUGUUUUAGAUGUUACUCAUAUAAAAACUAUUGGUAAUUUAAAUAUUCUUAAUAUAUUUACAUCAAGUGAACAGUUAAAAUGUAUGAUUGCAUCUCUUGUUCAUGCAGGUGCACGACUUGAUCGAGAUGAAAAUCAUCCAUCGGCAUUUUAUGAUAAACUUUUUAAUAGUAUCUCAGUUGUUCUUACAAAUGAAGUACGACAAUUAUCUUCUUCAAAUACCAAUCAAGUUCAUCCAAAUUCUGGAUUAAUUUCGGAAGCAAAAUCAAUGGUUUGUCUUGAAGUUAUGCAAGUAUUAAUUAUGUGCCCAUCAUUUUAUACACUUAUUGAUAAUGCACAUGUAAAUUCUAUUUUAAAACAAGCAUUAGAUCGAUCACCAGCAUAUGGAAGUAUUAGAGAUGUUUUAGAAAGUUUUAAUGCUGAUCAAAAAACAGGUGAAGAACAAAAAGAAUUAUUAAGUCCAAUUAUAGGUAAUAUAUUAAAGAUGGCUAUUCGAACAUUAUCCACUAAACGAAUAAAAAAAAUAAAUGAAUCAUUACCAGCAGUUCAAGAUACGUCAACACAGGAAAUUGAAAAUUCAAAUAAACGAUUACAAGAACAAGCUAUAUUAUCACCGAAAGUUUCACAACGUGCAAAUGCUAAUCGUGUACCGGCUAUUGGUGAUCGUAUAUUAACUGCUCCACAAAGUUUUGGUCGUAUUGUAACAUUACCUGAUACAGAAAUUGCAAUGAUUCAACUUGAUCACAUUCUUGCUGUUAAUGGUGCUAUGAUCAGUAGUAGUUCAGCAUCUGAUCAUACUACUUAUGUUAAUAUGAAUAAUUUUGAAUGGGAUCCCUCACAUGAAUAUUGGAAACCAAAAUUUGCAUCUGGUGAUAAAAUAACAUUACAAAUGACAACAAUACGAAGUGAAACACCUCGAUUUAUUCCUCCUCCACAACUACCACCUUCACCUUUGCCAAGAGCAAUACUACCUAAAACACCAGAAUCUAUUGAAAAAGGACGUGUUACACCAAAACUUUUUGAAAUGAAUCUCAAUAAACCAAAAGAAGCAUUUAUUGAUGCACCACGUGAAACAACGCCUUCUCCAUUAGCUCCUAUUAUUCAUCAAGAAACAACUCGUAAUUCUCAAGAAAUAUCGAAAUGUUCCCCACAAACUCUUUUUAUUAAUCAAGAAACUAUUCAUCAUUCUAAAGAAAUAUCAAAUUCUCCUCCACCAAGUUCUCCAAUAAUUGAGCGUAAAGUGUUUACACCAGAAGAACUGUCAUUUGAACGUCCAAUGUCUGUUCGUAUAAUAAAACAAAAACAAGAACAGAUAAAAACUUCUAUUAAUGGUGAAGCUGUUUCUACAUCACCAGUUCUUAUUGAAUCAAUGCUUCUACUUAUGCCUAAUCAACCUCAUGUACCCAUUGUAUCAUUUGAACAAACACAACAACGAACAAAUUCAUCAACUAUGAAUGAUUACGAACCAUCACGUGUUAUAUCAAUGCUCGAACAUGCAUCUACUGUUCCUUUAACACCAACUAAUGGUCGACGAUCAGCAACACAUCGUGUUUAUCUACCAGUACAUAAUGCUUCACAAUGGUUUAAUGGGCCUGAUAUGCAAAAUGAACGAACAGGUCGUAUGGAAAAAGUUGUUGCUUCACUUGUACGUCGAUCAUUUCGACCAUUCGCUACUUAUACAAUGCCACGUGUACCAACAUUAACAUCCCCGUCAUCAAGAGAUCAUGCUCACUAUAAAGUUCGACCAGAAAGUUUUCAAGAUUUUUGUAUUGAAAGUCAUCGUAUGACAACAACACCUUUAAGUUUUGCUCGACAAUCUCAAUCACCUAAAGGACGCUAUACACCAUCAAUACGUUCACAUGAUUUAAGCCGUGCGAGCAAUUCUAAUCAUAAUGUGCAUCGUGCUAAAUCAUUGAUUAAUCCACCGUGUCCAACACCUUGGAUGUGA